AUGCGACGUGGAAUGAUGUCCGCUGGGAUGUCGCUACGGCAGCAAAGUAGCGUGAUGAUGGUGAUCUCACGGAGAACAGCAGCGCACAGUGGUCGAACUCGCCGGGGUUGGACGGCGGAUGACGCGCGCCACGAGAUCAAAGGUCGAGCGAACAACGACUGGAGCCUGAUGAUGGACGGUGAUGGGAAGGACUCUCAGAAAGAAUAUCCUCCAGGGAUCUGGUCCGGGGGUGAUCUGGGCUCUCCGAUUGGAGGUCCUCCAGUAGGGUCAACUGGGGGCCUCCCGGGUCUGCAACGAUCAGAGCCCGGUCAUGCGUGGGUGUGUGUCCCGACUGCAAUGGAGCAAGGUGUUCUCGAUCAGAGAAUGCGUGGGUGUGUGUCUCGACUGCAAUGGGUGUGUGUCCCGAUCAGAGAACACCAAGCAAUUGACGGUGGCGAGACUCGCCGGGCCUGCUGGUAUGCCGAGGGUGAGGGCUGUGACGGGAACUCGGAAAAACAGAGCAAGUUCGAUGUUGGAACAGCGAGAAAGCGAGAGUUGAGGGUCGCCGGGAAUUUCUCUCCUCUGCUCGAGUGA